AGAGUUGCGCGGGAACAGUCAGCUGUGAGAUAGGUGGUUGUGAGUUGGUGCGCGCUAGCUCGACAUCAUAACCUACACCCGGCUACUUCAAACUGAAAUGUGUUAACAGUUACCCGAUUAGUUCUCUAUUGACUUACGUAGUUAUUUAAAUAAAUUUACAUUCAUAGACAUGCCAGUGUUAAAUAGUUACACAUUUUCCCCUUCAAAAAUGUUCAUACUCUUGAGGUUUACAGUUCUAGCCUUCAUUUUGUUGACUUCAAGAGCGGAUUCCGUACAGACUGAAAACCAGGCAAUGAUGUACCUCUCACAAUUCGGCUACCUCAGUCCCACGCUACGCAACCCACAGUCGGGCCAGAUCAUCUCCGAAGAUACGCUAACCAAGGCCAUCCAAGAGUUUCAGGCCUUCGCCGGUCUCAACAUUACAGGAUUGUUGGACCAGGACACGAAGGAGCUGAUGAGUCUGCCUAGGUGUGGAGUCAAGGAUAAGGUCGGCUACGGCACUUCGUCAAGGAGCAAGCGUUACGCCCUGCAAGGCAGCCGGUGGCGAGUGCGCGAUCUCACAUACAAGAUCUCCAAGUAUCCCAGGGCUCUGGGCAAGGCGGACACGGACAAGGUGGUGAAGGAAGCUUUCGCCGUCUGGGCCGGGGUCACCCCCCUUACCUUCACGCAGAAGAAGACCGGGCCUGUACACAUCGAAAUCCGCUUCGAGAGGGGUGAGCACGGAGACGGCGACCCUUUCGACGGACCAGGAGGCACCCUCGCCCACGCCUUCUUCCCCGUCUACGGCGGCGAUGCGCACUUCGAUGACUCCGAAAAAUGGACAGUGAACUCCUACCGAGGCACGAACCUGUUUCAAGUGGCAGCUCAUGAGUUUGGACAUUCACUCGGUCUUUCGCACUCGGACAUGCGCUCGGCUCUCAUGGCUCCCUUCUACCGAGGCUAUGAACCCACCUUUGAAUUGGACAGUGAUGACGUGGAGGCAAUUCAGGCUCUAUAUGGACCACCAAAGACAGACUCUGAUGGAAAGAGUUCGGGUCGUAAGCCUCAAACAGAGGAACCUCCAGUAGAGGGAGAAGAUGGGGAGCUCUGUGCAGACGCAACCAUUGACACUAUCUUCAAUUCUGCUGAGGGAGUCACUUAUGCCUUCAAGGGACUACACUAUUGGAAGCUAACAGAGACCAGUAUCGCGGCCGGCUACCCACGUCUCAUCUCCAAGAGCUGGAUUGGUCUGCCAGGCAAUAUUGAUGCUGCCUUCACCUACAAGAAUGGCAAGACCUUUUUCUUCAAGGGAUCCAAGUAUUGGAGAUAUACAGGCAAGGUGAUGGAUGGAGAUUACCCUAAAGAAAUCUCUGAGGGCUUCACGGGCAUUCCCAACAACAUUGAUGCAGCCAUGGUCUGGGGAGGCAACGGCAAGAUAUAUUUCUACAAGGGUUCUAAAUUCUGGAGGUUUGACCCAACACAGAGGCCUCCAGUGAAGAGCACUUACCCCAAGCCUAUCUCUAACUGGGAGGGUAUACCCAACAAUCUGGAUGCUGCCCUGCAGUACACCAACGGCUACACAUACUUCUUCAAGGGAGGCAGCUACUACAGGUUCAACGACAGGGCAUUCAUGGUUGACAGUGCUGAUCCUCCGUUCCCCCGACCUGCUGGUUACUGGUGGUUCGGCUGCCGAGCAGAGACCAAGGGUUCGUACACGAAUACAGAUCAGAUAGAUAGGUCAAUCUUUCCCUCACAUGGUAGUGAGCAGCAGGAUGAGGCUAGACAUAGAGACAGCUCCGACACUGAUGUUGAUGACCUUAUGUUGGACGGAGAUGAUCCUUCUAACGUGGAGCGAGACGGGAACCGCACUCAGUCAGAUGGUCAGGUGAGACAGCCGCGCAGUGGUGCCAACACGAGCUUUCCCCCCACGACCAUCUUACUGCUGCUACUGGUCACAAUACUGUUCAGGAUAUGCUGACACCAUCUAGUGUCACAUAGUGCAGUUAAUGAGUACCUUAUUUUUCAUGCUCAAUGAAGCGAUAUACUCGAUCCACCAUGAGUACUUCGUUUUGAGUUACAAAUAACAUUGAUCGAUCAUUGUGUUAUUAUUGUAUUAUAUUUAUUAUUUUAUGUGUUUUAUUGUAUCAAUGUGCUGUUAGUAAUUUUCUUGGUAAUAUCAUGUAGGAGAUGUUUUAAUAUUUUCUACACACAUGUCGAGAACAAAAAGUCUGUUUAAAGACUUAGCAAUCAAAAUGAAAUGUUAAGACAUGUCUCUCUACAUUUCUAUUGUAUUUUAAUGAGGAGUAAUGUUAUAACUAAAACUAGUUCAUUAUUUAAAGUUUUUUAUGGACGAUGGAUUUGAGAGGAUAACAGAAUUGUGGAUAGCAAAAUUAGCAUUAUGUGUUGCAGCACUAGAGACACAUAGACUGGGGGCUGAGACCUGUCUACAUUGUAUAAACACACAAACUGAUUUUUCUUGUGAUAGAUAGAGGCAUUUCUCCUAAGAAAGAAAUUCAUCUUUUUUGGUUGAGACCAAAAUGGAACAUUAUCAGAAGGUUGAACAUACCAAACAAUAAAUGUUUGCUUAGAUCAUGUACUUUUAGCCUCAUAUACUUAAAACCAAGUGUUAGACAAAUAAAAUAAAUUAUAUGACCAUCAGUCAACAGAUAAAGAGGUGGAAAGAUAUCACUGUCAGCCAAAAAGUCCAUUUGUAUGUGGUUAUCUGAGAUUGAUUUAGCAUUUAUUUAUGUGGCUGACAGUUGGUUCUAAGUGUAUCAAGCUAAAAAUAUAUAAUCCGAGAAAAAUUAUCAUUUCCCAUUUUUAACCCUAUUGAUAACUUCCCAUUUCGAAAUCCUUCAAAAUUAGCAUGGCUGACAAUCGGUUAUUUUACUAAGGAAAAUCCCCCUAUAGAAUUCUAAGAAAACCAUGUUGCAAGCUUAUACAGUGCACAUUGGCUCUUGGCUCCUGGCCACAGCGUUGAGAACUUGUACCUAUUUGCUCCUUUGUCAGGUGUCAACUAGUUAUGUUUUGUAAAAAAGACCUCUGAUAUCAGUUCUCAAAACUUUCUGUUGCAAUUCAUAAUUAUGUAAAAAACUAUGGUAAUGCGAGUUACACAGGUUAUGUCAUUCUUAGAAGACUGACAUUUUGUAUACAAAGUAAAAAAUUCAUGUCCAGGAACUCAUGCACAGAAAUUAUUGAUUGCUUCCUUUCUGGUUGUAUUGAAACCAUCUUAAAUUUUACCCAUAAGAACUAUAUUAAACCUCAAUUACUUUUGUACAUUUAUUUUUAGAUGCAGAUUUAUGGCACAUGUCUCAUUUAACAGAGUUGAGUAGUUUAUGAGUAUUUUUACCGUAAGGUACUAAAAAAUUUAAAAAAUUUUUCCUCAAUACAAGGACACUAAAAACACAUUUUGAAUGUAAUAGUUACAAUAUAAGUUAGUAACAGUUAUAUAUUUUUAAUGAGAAAUCUCACAUAAUUCUACUAUGAUAAAUAAUGGCGUAAAAGUACUUGAGGUUUACCAUUGUUCUUAUAGGGUUAAAACGAUGAUAGCCACUUGUUCAGUAUUAAGGAAGAAUUUCAAUGAUUAAAAUUAGGACAAUAUUAAUCAUUUACUACUUUAAAUAGAAAUAAUAUAAUCCAGUUAUUUUGGCAAAUGACAAAUUCAGUUUUUUUAUUUUUAUUAAAAACUCAAACUCAUAAUUUAGUUAAAAAAAUAUUACUUUGUAUUAAAAUAUUUUUGAAAUUAAUAAAUUAAAAAUACUGUUUAUUGCAGUAAAAAAGUAUUAAAAAAAUAGAGAAAAUAAUUGAAAAUAUUAUUGUAGUAAAGAACCACAUAACAAAACGCUUUUAGUUAACACAUGAACAAACUAUAAAAACACACCCAAUUACCAUAUACUAAUGUUUGUUUGAUAUUAUUUAUACAUACUUAUAUAGUUUACUGAUAUUGUUCAUACUUUCAUUUCAAUAUCAAAUAAAGUUGCAUUUUUUACUUUUCUACCUUAACAAGCCUUUUUUAGCAAGAAUAUUUUUAUCGUCUCUAAUGGAGUUAUUGCCAUAUAUACCUCUACUAUGUUUAAUGAUAAAAUGUUUUAUAAAUAUAUUUUUUAAUAUGUUAAGCACUUAAUAAAACAAAAAUAUGUUAAAGAUUAAGAAAACAAAAAAUAAACAAAACAAUAAGUUCAAGGAAACAUACAAUCAAUCACACAAUUGAGCAAAUAGUUUCCAAAUAAAGGAAAGAUUGAAAUAAACGUAAUAUUGAAAGUUUAGUGACCAUUAAGGGACUUAAUUUAUGGAAGAAUAAUAGUUGCUGAUUGGAGAUUGUCCCAUUCUUCUUCCAUUAUCAAAAGGUUACACACAGAACUGAAAAAAUCUACAGUUAGCUCUACCUGUGAUGCUUGUUUGUAAUACUCAUAUUAACUAUUUUUAAGCUGACUGCAGCACAAAAAGUUAACUCAUUUUGGUAUAUUCAUAUUAAUUCUUAAUAUUCUUUUAAUUUUUAAACUUUAUGUGAACAACUAAAAUCUUAUAUUUUACCUUCGUCAUCUAAUAAACUGCAGAUCUAUACUUUAGAUAGCAUUUUAUUUACUAACCAUUCAGUUUUAUACAUUUUAAUCAUGAUAAUUACAAACAAAAUUGACAAAGUAAUAAGUAUUAUUCAGUUAGACAAAAUUAGAGAAUCUAGGUUUCUUUAUUAGAUGUUAUGUAUUAAAUAUUGAAGAAAACAAAAGACUACUUUUUGAAGUAUUAUUGUUAUUAGUGUUAUAAGUAAGAUUAUCAAAAAUCAAACAUAUGAAGACUUAUUUAGUGUCAUUACAUUAUACAAUGAGAUAAGUAUUAAUUUAUGAAGAAUACAAAUUAUGUCUAAGUCAUACUAA